GUCCUGCGUGAAUGGAUCAAGUCGCAAACAAAAGAGGUCAUAUAAUUGCUAACCAAUCAAAAACCUCACAUUGUACUUCCACCAAUGGUAACGAUUGUUUUACAGGGGAGGCUGAAACCUGUCACCUCACAAGCACGGCAGACAGGCGCAUUUAUCUACAUGAUACAGUCACACAUUUUCACAUGUUGUUCGUUGGCUGUCGUAUGAAGAGGUAGUCAUUUGAUAUAGUUUAUGUUUGAUUUUUAGUCUGCUAAAGUAUUUCUAUUUGAUGUAAUUGUGUAUACCUCAAUAUAAUUUAGCGCCACCACUUGUGGACAUCAUGGUGGUGGGAGUUAACUGUCGCUGAUAGUCUGACCGAUUUGCAACAAUGUUGCCCUCACCUAUCAUUUUGACCAGAUCGGCUAUCCAAUUGGUGUCAAGGUGAGCGGUGAAAUAUUUGGUUAUUUGUAUUUAAUUUAUUACAAUGUUAAAAGGUCAUUUUCAUAUCUGGUUACUGUCCAUACAAAUGAGCUUAUCUAACUACUGUAGUCAGGGGGAAAAUCAGGGGGAAGAUCUCAAUUGUGUACUCCUGGCGUCCUCUUCUCAAAACCUAUUGGAGGAGAAGGUCCGAGGGGCGGGACCUCUUGCUUUCUCAUCCAAUGGGGUUUAAGGAGACGAGGAGAGAGGACGUGAGGAGUAUGCAAUUGAGAUCUUCCCUAUGACUUAUGCAAGCCAAUUUCACAUUGUAUGUUUGUAUAACACAAAUGCUUGCCUCGGCAAGAUGGAAAGCAUAAUGCAUGUUAUUCCCCAAUGAUAUGUCUUACUUUUAUUAUAGAAUCAACUUAUAAUGUCAUGUUUAAGUUUUUAAAAAUGUAGAAUUGUAUGGCCAGCUGAUUGUGCAAUAUUCUGUAAGUAGGUGAAAAAGAACUGUGAAUUUAUUUGCUAACUUUUCCUUCACUGGAAACCUCUCUGCAGGUCAUCUGUGGUGCCCAUGCCGGAAUGUCUCCGUUAAACCAGGAGGGUGGAAACCGCAGAAGGUUCCACCAAGAUACCUCGGCCAGCUAAGCCCCUUCACUCAUCCACACCUCAUCAAAAAUUGUGAAUGUACUCAUGGGCAUACAGCUAUGUCCCAUUUCUGCCAAUCAGUUACUCUACAGCAUUUACCCAAAAUCAAAGCUCAUUGUUAUCUUAUUCACAACCACCACCUAUGGGUACGAAUACUGUUUUGUAGUACAGUGCAGUCGCUUCAGGGAGUUUUGAAUGGUGGGUUUAUAGCUUCUUCUUCCCCUUCCUGCUCUCUGUCACAGGUGAGGUGACCCCUGGCUUAACCCAAACAGAGUUUGAUCUCCGUCGGCAAAGACUGGCCUCUCUCAUCGAGGUUCAGGCAGAUCGUCUGGGACCCACUGCUUCGUCCAACAAACACCUCGUCAUUGUCCUCUCCCACCCAAUCCGCUACAUGACCAAUGACAUCCCCUACCCCUUCCACCAGAACCAGGACUUCCUCUAUCUCACAGGCAUCCUCGAGCCAGACAGCGCCCUGGUUCUGUGUGGUACCGGCCGCCCGGACCAAGCCAUCCUCUUCGUUCCCCGCAGGGACCCGGCCAGGGAGCUGUGGGACGGGCCCAGGUCAGGGAAGGACGGGGCGGCAGCGUUGACGGGGGUGGAGAGGGUCCACUGCACAGAAGAGUUGGGACUUGUACUCAAAAGCCUUAAAGGUAGGGGGUAACAAGGGGAAAGUAAUUUGAACAUAUAUAUUUUAGAGUAAAUGUUACUCUUGGGAUGAAAGAUUAGGGAUUAGAAGCCUGGAACGUAGCUCCAAAUUGUGGAUCUAAUUUUCAUUCCUGUCACGAUCGUCGUAUACAGAGGAGGACCAAGGCGCAGCGUUGCAGGCAAACAUACUCUUUAUUUAGCGAUACAUGACCAAAACGAUAACGUGACAGUUCACGGUCUAACACAAACCAACUAGAACAAGAUCCCACAACUACUGUGGGAAAACAGCCUGUUUAAAUGUGGUUCCCAAUCAGAGACAACCAGCCACAGCUGACACUCGUUGCCUCUGAUUGAGAACCACACUGGCCAACAUAGAAAUGAAACACCUAGAACUACAACACAGAAAUCUACACACCCUGGCUCAACAUAACAGUGUCCCCAGAGCCAGGGCGUGACAAUUCCGAACAAAUGCAGCUGUUUCAACCAUUUCAAAGUGAUGUAAAGAAAUUAGACAAACUAUAUCACUAACAAUUUUACUCUGAUUGUUCCCCCUCUCUCAGGUAGCACAGUGUGGUAUGAUGGCUCCAAGCCCUGCCACCCUGGGCUCCACCAGACCCAUGUUCGGCCCCUUCUGGAAGGGGGGCCCAUGGUGCGCUCUCUCAGACCCCUUACACACUCCCUCAGGGCCCUCAAGAGCCCAGCCGAGGUGGCUCUCAUGAAGGAGGCUGGUCGCAUCACAGCACAGGUGAGUCACCUCACACACACGCCAUGAGUGAAGCACUCUCAACUGUUCAUGUAAACCCUCUGCAUCCCCUCUUUCAGGCAUUCAAGAAGACUAUGGGUAUGUCUCAAGGAGACAUUGAUGAAGCUCUACUGUAUGCUAAGGUGAGUUACAGGUCUCUAGACACUGUUUAUAAAUAUGGUGUGUUGUCAUUGAAAAUAUGGUUUAACACCUGUGGUAGCAACGACAAUGAUGAAAUGCUAAUGUGAAUCUCUUUCUCAAUCCCAGUUUGAUUUUGAGUGCCGUGCCCAUGGAGCCAAUUUCUUGGCCUAUCCUCCCGUGGUUGCUGGUGGAAAUCGAGCCAAUACACUUCAUUACAUAAACAACAACCAGAUUGUCAAGGUGAAGGGACAUAUGUAAUGUUGCUGCUAAAUGUGGGCCCACAAUUCUGAGGUCAGAAGAGUUUUAGAAUUAUGAACACCCCGGUUUUGCCAAGAUGAAAUCCUAACAUUUCAAACGAUGGUACAUACUACAUCUAUACCAGUAACUCUGUUUGUGUCCAGACAAACAAGACUUUGCCCAAUUCCUUGCCUUUUCUUUCUCUCAGAAUGGGGAGAUGGUGCUACUUGAUGGAGGGUGUGAAUACUUUUGUUAUGUCAGUGAUAUUACUCGCACCUGGCCAGUGAACGGGAAGUAAGUUGCAUCAACAAAGAUAACAUUUUGGAUGUUCACUCCUUCUCUCCUCGCUACCUCCUUUUAAUGAAGUCUCCUUUUCUACCCCUCUCUUGCAUGGUGAGCCCAGGUUCAGCCCUGCCCAGGCAGAGUUGUAUGAGGGGGUGUUGGAGGUGCAGAAGGCCUGUCUGUCUCUGUGCUCCCCAGGAGUCAGUCUGGACCACAUCUACAGCACCAUGUUGGCCCUGCUGGGACGCCUACUCAAACAGCUGGGCAUCGUGAAGGGCUCCACCAGUGAUGCUGAUGCACUUAAGGUACGCUCAGUGUCGCUGUGUCCUGCUCAAAGUAGUUCCAUGGUUGGAGAAAAUAACUCCAUGUCCAAGUUAACUGAUAAUGGUAUCAAAUGCAUGCAUUGAUAACUGAAGGGUGUUUAGCAUCAACUUAAAUGAUAAUAUAUCACUUAUUAACAAAUGUUAUAAUAGUAAUAUUUAAUUGAAAGUAAUAGGUUAUAUUUUGUGGCUUAAGGGGACUUAACUACGGAGACUCAAUGGCUAGGAAAGGGUAUUGGAGGCUAAUGCUGUUUAUCAAAAACCCAAUUAGAUAACAAACACUUUAAUACUAAUAACGUUCAGUAAUAAACCAUUUAGGUCCUUUAUAAUCCUAAAUUCUUACAUUUAUGUGCAGAAACUUCAGACCAUUGACCUUUUUAAUUCAGAUGGGGUAGAAAUGUCAGGACCUGGGUUAGAUUGCACAUUUCCUGACAGUAAAAGCAGCAAAAUAAUGACAAGUCUAGAUGGGAUUUUACAUUUAGAUUCAGACAGUACUAGAACCAGUCUUUAACACCACCGAUUUGAAAAGGUGCGUACAGUCCAGAGACAUGGUUAAUUACCGAAAAAACAAUCCAGACAUGCAAACGCAAGCGUGCGGUUUCUGCCGUGUCGAUUGGGAAAAACAUGCAGAGUUCUCCGGUGCAAUAGCCGGGCAAGCGUAUGGUUCCUCCCAGGACGCAACAUGGUAAAAACACUAAAAUCUCUCCGCGUUUAUGGGGCAUCAGGCCCUAAAUUCAUCAUCCUCAGUGUAAGAGUCAAGGGUAGACAAUAGCAACAGCAACAUGUUAGUUUGUAGCCUAACGAUCAACGUGAGAAAUAAUCAUACAUUUUCUAAGACUCCGAUCUAAAAUAUUAGGCCUAUGAGGUUGCACAUAAUCACAAAUAGGCCUAGGCCAAGUAAUGCAAAUUUAAAUGCAUACUAGUUCCAGAGUAAAAGUCCACAGGCUAAAGAUAACAUUUGGAUCUAUGAACUAAACGCGAAUUCUCUCGCGACCCCACUUCAAAUCAGGCGACCCCACAUGGGGUCGCGACACCUAGUUUGGGAAAACCUGGCCUAGAACAUGUCAAUGUUAAAAGAAUACGAACACAACACAGGAUGUUUAAGGAAAUAUAUUGAACAUUUUUAUUCCAAAACAAUCACACUGUGGUAGUAGUUUGAUGUACUAAUGUUGGAGUAAUGAUUAAUAAAUGGUGAGCAAACUGUUUGUAAAUGCCUUAUAAAUGGUUUAUUACUGACCGUUAUUAUAAAGUGUUAGGCCUACCCAUGAUUGCAGGGCAACAAGGUGAAAAAUCUGUUUGUGCGCUUGAGCAAGGCACUUAACCCUAAUUUUCUCCAGGGGCACUGUACUACUAUGGCUGACCCUGUAAAACAACAUAUUUCACUGCACCUAUCCGGUGUAUGUGACAAUAAUAAAUAUAUAUGUCAAAAUAAAAGGCAGACACAGAACUGAAAGAAGGGACCCUAUCAGUAACAGUUAAAAUAUUUUCUGGGCAAUGAAUCCAGGAACAUUUGAUAUUUUGUGUUUACUUUGCUCUCUCCGAUGGUCUGUGGUCAGGAAAUGACCAUAACGUCUUCUGGCCCAUUUAAACUGUAAAGUAGUGACCUAAUUACACGCUUCGUAAAGCACAAUAUCCCUGUGUACUACCUAUAAUCGAGGUACCACUUUCCUGUAGCAGUUCAACUCUGGGAAAAGGGAAGAAAGCAAGCCAAACCAAAGUUUAAUGUACAUUUGAUUGAGCAGCUGUGCUCUUUCAAAAUACUUGCAUUGCGAAUUGAAGUGUAAUAACACAAGGAAUUUAUUAAAUUUACAUUUUAGUCAUUUAGCAGACGCUCUUAUCCAGAGCGACUUACAGUUAGUGCAUACAUUAUUUUUUUCAUACCCCCUGUGGGAAUCGAACCCACAACCCUGGCGUUGCAAACGCCAUGCUCUAUCAACUGAGCUACAUCCCUGCCAGCCAUUCCCUCCCCUACCCUGGACGAUGCUGGGCCAAUUGUGCACCGCCCCAUGGGUCUCCCGGUCGCGGCCGGCUACAACAGAGCCUGGAUUCGAACCAGGAUCUCUAGUGGCACAGCUAGCACUGUGAUGCAGUGCCUUAGACCACUGCGCCACUCGGGAGACAAUUUAUGCUAAACAAUUGAUGAAAUAUUUGCUAACAAUCCUGACUAGCAAAUUCCUCAAUAUGAAGAUUAAUAGUGAACUCCAACCAAAUGUUGUCCAGUUGAGCAGGUUUAUUUAGCAUAUUAGCAGAUAUGCUAAUUGAAUAAGAACGCAAUAGAAUUUGCGACAUACACAAGUCUAACUGUGGUAAUUUUAGUAGAUACAUUUUUAUUUGCACUUAUGGGACCAACACUCAUCCUUCCCUCCUGAAAAGCAAAUAUUAUAUGUCAUUGAUAGAUAACCAAGUAGAUGAAUACCAGCAGUAAUAAAUGAACUUACAUUUCUCAAACUGAAACUUGACCAUAGAUAAAUCUAGAUUUGUAAUGGAAGGUAACUUUACCAGCACAUGGAAUGAUUAGUUUUACGUGAGAUAUUGGAACAUUGAGUGCAGAGCUUGAACAUGCAGUGUUGUUUGUUGGUUCGGUGACCCGUAUUGCUGCUUCCAGGCGGCGCGGCACUACUGCCCCCACCAUGUUGGUCACUACCUGGGCAUGGAUGUGCACGAUACCCCUGAGCUUUCCCGGUCUCAGCCCCUCCAGCCUGGAAUGGCAAUCACUAUAGAGCCAGGUACUGUAUACAAGAGCCAGGGUACAAUCUCUCUCAUUCACUCACACAGUUCAGUUCUUCAUAUUAGUCAUAUUCAACUGAUUGACAAACUUUGAGAAACUGUGCACUUUUUAGGCUGGAUUAACACUCCACUAGGUGUACUCCGUAGAGGCAACCGCUUUAUUACUGAACCACUCGCCGCACGGUGGGCUCCACAUAGUUUGCAUGGUAGAAUUUGUAACUUUACACAAGCAUCAUUAUGUUUUGCUAAGGAGAAUGCUUUGUGGAGUGUAAACCCAGCCUUCCCAGUGAAACAGCCAGAGAUUCCUACACAAAUACUGAAGCACUACUGUUCCAGUGUUUAAUGCAUGUGUGUGCAUGAAUGCAUCAAGUGACUACACUCCAGUCCAUCUCUCUCUUUCAGGGCUGUACAUAUGUGAGGACGAUGACCAGGUUCCUGAGCGAUUCCGUGGACUUGGGGUGAGAAUAGAGGACGACGUUGUGAUUCAAGACGAGAUAAACCCCUUGAUCCUGUCCUCUGACACACCCAAAACCAUUGCUGAUGUUGAAAGAGCCUGUGCACAGAGUUAGGGCUGAGAGAGACUAGACAUGGGGAGGGUGACUGUACACACUCCUCAAAAUGCUGAGUGUGAGCAAGAGUGAGUGUUCAUCCCUCUCAAGAUGAGUGACGGGUCACAUUUCAGUGGGUUCUUCGUCUUCUGUAAAUUGGCGAUUGCACAAUUUAAUGUGCAUCCCGCCACCUACUGUGCGGGAUAGAAACAGGGUUAUAAACGCAACAUAUAAAGUGUUGGUCCCUUGUUUCAUGAGCUGAAAUAAAAGAUCCCUGAAAUUUUCCAUACACACAAAAAGCUUAUUGCUCUCAAAUUUUGUAUACAAAUUUGUUUAUCUCUCUGUUAGUGAGCAUUUCUCCUUUGCCAAGAUAAUCAAUCCACCUGAAUGUGUUAAAUAUCAUGAAGCUGAUUAAAUAGCAUGAUCAUUACACAGGUGCACCUUGUGCUGGGGACAAUAAAAGGCCACUCUAAAAUGUGUAGUUUUGUCACACAACCCAAUGCCACAGAUGUCUCAAGUUUUGAGGGAGCGUGCAAUUGGCAUGCUAACUGCAGGAAUGUCCAAACAGAGCUGUUGCCAGAGAAUUGACUGUUAAUUUCUCUACCAUAAGCUGCCUCCAACAUCGUUUUAGAGAAUUUGGCAGUACAUCCGACCGUCUCACAACCGCAGACCACGUUUAACAACGCCAGCCCAGGACCUCCACAUCUGGCUUCUUCACCUGCAGGAUCGUCUGAGGAGGGGUGGGGUGUAUUUCUGUCUGUAAUAAAGCCCUUUUGUGGGGAAAACUCAUUCUGAUUGGCUGGGCCUGGCUCUCCAGUGGGUGGGCCUAUGCCCUCCCAGGCCCACCCAUGGCUGCGCCCCUGCCCAGUCAUGUGAAAACCAUAGAUUAGGGCCUAAUGAAUUUAUUUUAAUUGACUGAUUUCCUUCUAUGAACUGUAACUCAGUAAAAUCUUUGAAAUUGUUGGUUUAUAUUUUUGUUCAGUAUAAAAUCCUUAAAUCCCAAAAACGUUUCUGCCACAGCCACAAUAAUCUCCAGUUUCUAAGACUUCUUUGAGACUUGAGCCGUACAGUUUAUAACUGUGGCAAUGAGCGCCACAAAAUCCACCUUUUUAACACACAGGGUAUCUUUUGACUGGCAGCAAACAUUUAAUACAGGCUGUGGUACAUCCACUUCCAUAUCUUCACUAGCAUCCCCUUUUUCCCCAAUUAUUUAUAUGGGUUUCUGGAGGACUACUUGAUUAUUCCUCAUGGAUCUGAAUGUGGUAAUGUUUUCAUUGUCUUUUUGUCUAUUAUAAAAAUAGAAAACGUCUGUUCUCACAAAAAACUAAUACAUUUCACAGGUUCCUUGCAGGAUAGGAGAGCAUUAGAGAAUGGCUUUAUUGUGCAAGAAUUGUUUCAUUUAUUAGGAAUAUUGGGAUUUGAGAUUUAAGAGUUUAUUGUUGAAGACAAAAUGUAUAUUUGUGUGUGUGUUAUAGUCAUGUCUAUUUGAAAAUGCUGUUAUAACAAAAUUCAGUUUUAUUAUUUGUAACAGUUGGUCAUAAAUCAACCUAAAUGAGACACCUGAUAUAGCCUAUAUGAGCAUCGUUUGCCGCAAUGAUAAUGUUAUUAGUAUCGCUAGAGAAGAAGCGAAGCGCCCUCUAAAAUGUAUUCUGAUAUGUUGGUGGAACACGACUGCCCCCUACAGAUGAUAGCACUAGUAUUGCAACUCCGAAAAAAUACGAAAGGAUUUUCCGGGUAAACCCGAGCACCAACCCCCCUUCACGCCUAAUGUUGCUGUACCUCAACCCUCCCCCGUAUCAGAGGAGUAGAAACAACAAGCCGCCAUUUUGUUUGUGCGGACAGACCGAGAGGCAGGAGAUACCGAGAAAGAAAGCGACUUCAGCGCGGAUAACAGCGACUCCGAGACCCGCGGG